AUGUGCCAAGUGGUGUCGGAACGGCAAAAGCUGAUGGCCGACCAGAUUAAGAUUCGACGACGGCAGAGGAAGGACACCCUUUUGAGCCUAACCCGUGAAAGCAUCACGGCCACGAUUUCUGCCCUCAGCCAAAUGCCCAACAGCAACGUCAACAAUCUGCAAGCCGCGCUGCUGUGCGGCGUCCGCUCUUCAGAAGGCUUCCGAAAUUCCGGCCACCUCAUCCGCAUCCUCGACCUCUAUGCCCCCACUCUCACAAGCGGCUCCCGAUCUACAGACGUUGAUUUUGAGCUCCAACUCGCCGAUCCGCCGGCCCCGUCUAAUUCGAUCAUCGACGUGUGCUCCGUG